AGUGCGGAGUCAGUUGGCGCCGCUGCGUUUGGUCAGUUGCACCUUCUGGGUCUCUGGUAGCCGCGGGAGCCAGGUGGGGCCUGGGCGAUGAUCCGGCUUUAAGGACCUGGCGUGGUCUUCUGUCUCAGGUGCUUUGGAGAAGGUGUAGUGGCCACUAAAGAUCAUCUCUUUGACUAGACCUUUUGCCCUGAAUCUCAUGAAGAAAUGAAAAGAGGCAGGUAUAUGUUCCUGAGAAAAGCACUGAGCUUGGGGGAGAGCAACACAGAGUUUCGAGGGUGUGCUUUGAUUUGUGUACAUCGAUGGCAGAAUCAUCUAGUGAUUCAGAGCACUUCCGCUAUUGUGACCGAUUGAGUCCAUGGGCUUCCAGGUCGGGUCACAGGGAAACUCAGAGUCACCCUACAGUAGGCGUCACAGAGAAGGUCAACGCUAUAACAAGUACUUUACAGGACACCAGUCGGAACCUGAGACAAGUGGACCAGAUGCUUGGGCGAUAUCGAGAAUAUAGUAAUGGACAGGCGGGUGCUAUACAACACUUAAAAGAAAAUUUGGAACAGUCAGUAGGCCGACUGCGGAGUCAACGUUUACUGAGAAACUCAGGAGGGAGAAGUAUGUCCGUUACGAGUCUGAGUGCAAGUGACCUCGAUGCUGGCGCUGCAGCGGAAAGUCACCGAUUUCCUCCAACCUCACCCCUCAAGGACUAUGGAUUGCAGGGUAACAAAAGAACGAAGUCCAGGACUGGUGUCCGCUUUGGUCCUGAGACCGAAGACAUGGCCCAGAUUCAUGCUUUUCAUCAGUCCCUCCGAGACCUCAGCAGUGAACAAGUUCGCCUUGGUGAGGAUUUCAACAGAGAACUUUCCAGAAGGAGCCGGUCAGAUGCUGAAACAAAAAGGGCUUUGGAAGAAUUGACUGAAAAACUUAAUGAAGCUCAGAAACAAGAAGUGGUUUCUGAUCGGGUGGAGCGGAGGCUGCAGGAAAUAGAGCGAGAGAUGCGCACAGAAAGAGAGCUGGUGGAAAGACGGCAGGAUCAGCUGGGACUGAUGUCCUUACAGCUGCAGGAGGUAUUGAGGAAACAAGAAGCUAAAGCAGAAGAGAAUGAGGGAAUAAUCAAAAAUAAACUAAGACAAACUGAAACUGAGAAGAGUCAACUUGAACAGGAGUUGGAGCUAUCUCGCCGGCUGUUGAAUCAGUCAGAAGGCAGCAGAGAAGUCCUUUUGCAUCAGGUAGAAGAGCUGCGUACACAACUUACAAAAGCAGAUGGUGAUCAGAAGGGUUUACAACAUCAAGUCUCCCAGAUUUCCAAGCAGCAAUCAAGCUAUCAGGAUGAACUCGGAGAUGACUGGAGGUUUAGGAGAGGAGUAGAACGGGAGAAGCGGGAUCUGGAGAAGCACGUGUCAGACUUGAAGGCGCAGCUGAACUUCAGCGCAAUGGCGUCGGAGUUGGAGGAAGUGAAGCGGUGCAUGGCGCGGAAGGACAAGGAGAAAGCCAGCUUGGCAGCACAGAUAGAGACUUUAAUGUGUGAGCUGGAAGACAGGGAAAAGCAACAACUACAGAUGCUGGAUAAACUCAAAGAGAUUCAGAAUCACUUUGACACGUGUGAGUCGGACCGUAAGCACGCAGACCUCCAGAUCUCAGAGCUCACUCGCCAUGCCGAGGACGCCACCAAGCAGGCUGAGCAGUACCUCAGUGAGCUGCAGCAGUCGGAAGCUCUGAGAGAGGAGGCAGAGAAGAGGCGGGGAGACCUGAAGAUGAAAGCUCAGGAGGCUGUUAGGCAUUGGAAGCUCAAGUACAAGAAACUGGAGCAAGCACUGGAGAAGCAGUCCGAAAGUCUGAGUCAGCUGACAGAAAAGAAUAAUCAGAUUCUGAAAGAAAAGGAUGAUUUGAAAAGUCAGCUUUAUACGGCAUUGCAACAGAUAGAGAAUCUUAGAAAAGAAUUGAGUGAUGUCUUAACCAAGCGUGCCGUUCAAGAGGAGGAGCUUCACUCUAAGGAGAAGAAACUAAAUGAUAUUAAGUCUCAUCAAGCUCACCUUGAACAAGAAGUCAAGAAUUCUGUAGAUACCAUUGAUAGACUAGAGGGUGAAUUGAAAAAGCAGAAUAUGGUUCAAAGUCAGAUGAAAUUUGAAAAAGCUCACCUGGAGGAAGAAAUUGCAGAACUGAAGACGAGCCAAGUUCAGGACAAAGCUAAACUUCUGGAGAUGCAAGAGUCCAUCAAGGACUUAAGUGCCAUUCGAGCAGAUCUUGCUAAUAAAUUGGCUGAAGAAGAGAAAGCCAAGAAAAUGGUGGUCAAGGAGCUUUCUGACCUCAAGGCCCAGGCAAAAUCCAAAGAUGAGGAAACAGCUACUGUCAUUACACAGCUGAAGCUGGAGCGAGAGGUUCACCGGAGGGAGCUGAACGAUCUCACAUCCUCAUUGCAGGGUGUGAAAAUGAAACAUGAGCAAAAUAUUCAGGAGCUGAUGAAGCACUUUAAGAAAGAGAAGAGUGAAGCAGAGCAUCAUAUUAGGACGCUGAAGGCAGAAAGCUUAGAAGAUAAGAAUAUAGCUAACGUCCAUCGUUGUCAGCUGGAGAAGUUGAAAUCACAAUGUGAGAGACUUACUGAGGAGUUAGCCCAGAAUGAAAAUGAGAACAAAAAAAUGAAGCUAAAAUAUCAAUGUUUGAAAGACAAGCUAGAAGAAAAGGAAAAACAUAUAAGCAAUGAAGAAGAACACUUAAGGAGGAUGGAAGAGGCGAGAUUGCAGCUUAAGGAUCAACUUCUUUGUCUGGAGACUGAACAAGAAUCCAUCCUUGGAGUGAUAGGGAAGGAAAUUGACGCAGCCUGUAAAACUUUCUCCAGGGACUCAAUAGAGAAGUUGAAAGUUUUGUCCUCUGGUCCUGAUAUACAUUAUGACCCACAUCGCUGGCUAGCAGAAAGUAAGACUAAACUUCAGUGGCUCUGUGAGGAACUAAAAGAAAGAGAAAACAGGGAGAAGAAUCUGCGACAUCAGCUGAUGCUCUGCAGACAGCAACUCAGGGAUCUGACUGAGAACAAGGAAUCUGAGCUCCAGUGUCUCUUUGAGCAGAUAGAAAGGCAGGAGCAACUUCUGGAAGAAAUUCAUCAGGAGAAGAGAGAAGAACUGUUGAGCCCUGAGAGUUUCCCUCCAGGCGUCGCAUCGCUCGCACGUGCAGAGCAUGCGUAG